CGMAGGAUGACCCCAAAUGUCACAACCUCAGCAGGCACCAGAAUGGAUCUCYCCCUCCCCUCCCGGAGAUGGCAAAGAAGUCUCCAGAAUCUCUGGGACCGCUGAAUGUGCCUCCUCCAUCCUGCUCAGAGCACAUGAGGAUCAAAAACUGGGGCAAUGGGAUGACUUUGCAAGACACGCUCCACCUCAAAGCCAAAUCGGAUUUCACUUGCAAGUCUAAAUCUUGCCUGGGGUCAAUCAUGAACCCCAAAAGUUUAACCAGAGGACCCAGGGACAAGCCUAUCUCUCUGGAUGAGCUUCUACCUCAAGCUAUUGAAUUUGUCAACCAGUAUUACGCCUCCUUCAAAGAGGCAAAAAUAGAGCAACAUCUGGCCAGGGUGGAAGCGGUGACAAAGGAGAUCGAAACAACAGGAACCUACCAGCUGACUGGAGAUGAGCUCAUCUUUGCCACCAAGCUGGCCUGGCGCAACGCCCCCCGCUGCAUCGGGAGGAUCCAGUGGUCCAACCUGCAGGUCUUUGACGCYCGGAGCUGUUCCACCGCCCAGGAGAUGUUUGAACACCUCUGCAGACACAUCCGUUAUGCCACCAACAACGGCAACAUCAGGUCGACCAUCACUGUGUUCCCCCAGCGGAGCGAUGGGAAGCACGACUUCCGAGUCUGGAAUUCUCAGUUAAUCCGGUAUGCCGGCUACCAGAUGCCUGAUGGCACCAUCAGAGGGGACCCUGCCAACUUGGAGUUCACCCAGCUGUGCAUCGACUUGGGCUGGAAGCCUCGUUAUGGCCGCUUCGAUGUGCUGCCUCUGGUCCUGCAGGCUGAUGGCCGUGACCCUGAGUUCUUUGAAAUCCCACCUGAACUUGUGCUUGAGGUGCCCAUGGAACAUCCCAAGUUCGAGUGGUUCCGCGAGCUGGACCUGAAGUGGUAUGCCCUGCCGGCUGUGUCCAACAUGCUGCUGGAGGUGGGUGGCCUUGAGUUCCCCGCGUGCCCCUUCAAUGGCUGGUACAUGGGCACUGAGAUCGGAGUCCGGGACUUCUGUGAUGUCCAGCGCUACAACAUCCUGGAGGAAGUGGGGAGAAGGAUGGGCCUGGAGACGCACAUGCUGGCCUCCCUCUGGAAAGACCGGGCCGUCACGGAGAUCAACGUUGCUGUGCUCCAUAGCUUCCAGAAGCGGAACGUGACCAUCAUGGACCAUCACUCGGCYGCGGAGUCCUUCAUGAAGCACAUGCAGAAUGAGUACCGGGCCCGCGGGGGCUGCCCUGCAGACUGGAUUUGGCUGGUCCCUCCAAUUUCUGGGAGCAUCACCCCUGUGUUUCACCAGGAAAUGUUGAACUAUGUCCUGUCCCCAUUCUACUACUAUCAGGUGGAGCCCUGGAAGACCCACGUCUGGCAGGAUGAGAAGAAGAGACCCAGGAGAAGAGAGAUCCGGUUCAAAGUCUUGGGGAAAGCURUGCUCUUUGCCUCUGUGCUGAUUCGCAAGACCAUGUCAUCCCGAGUCAGAGUCACGAUCCUCUUUGCAACUGAGACAGGAAAAUCAGAAGCGCUGGCCCAGGACUUGGGGACCUUGUUCAGCUGUGCCUUCAACCCCAAGGUCCUCUGCAUGGACGAGUACAGCCUGAGYGACUUGGAGCAGGAGCAGCUACUGCUGGUAGUGACCAGCACAUUUGGGAAUGGAGAUGCCCCUGGCAAUGGACAGACUCUGAAGAAAUCCCUCUUCAUGCUGAAGGAGCUCACCAACACCUUCAGGUAUGCUGUGUUCGGUCUUGGCUCCAGCAUGUACCCACAGUUCUGUGCGUUUGCUCAUGACAUCGACCAAAAGUUGUCCCACCUGGGAGCCUCUCAGCUCACCCCAAUGGGGGAAGGUGACGAGCUCAGCGGGCAGGAGGAUGCAUUCCGUAGCUGGGCCGUGCACACCUUCAAGGCUGCCUGCGACACGUUUGACAUUCGAGGCAAACACCACAUUCAGAUCCCCAAGCUCUACACGGGCAGCAUGACCUGGGAGCCUCGCCACCACAGGCUUGUGCAGGACUCACAGCCCUUGGACCUCAACAAAGCCCUCAGCCAAAUGCACGCCAAGAAGGUGUUCACAAUGAGGCUCAAAUCUCAGCGGAAUCUACAAAGUCCCAAAUCCAGCCGCACCACCCUCCUGGUGGAGCUCUCCUGCGAGGACAGCACAGACCUGAGCUACCUGCCCGGAGAGCACCUCGGGGUUUUCCCAAGSAACCAGCUGGCCCUGGUCCAAGGCAUCUUGGAGCGAGUAGUGGACAGCCCCGCWGCCCAGCAGACUGUGUGCCUGGAGGCCCUGGAUGACAGCGGCAGCUACUGGAUCAGGGACAAGAGGCUGCCCCCCUGCUCGCUCAGCCAGGCCCUCACCUACUUCCUGGACAUCACCACGCCCCCAACCCCUCUGCAGCUCCAAAAACUGGCCAGGCUGGCCACAGAGGAGUCUGAGAGACAGAGGCUGGAGACCCUGUGCCAGCCCUCAGAAUACAACAAGUGGAAGUCCACCAACAGCCCCACGUUCCUGGAGGUGCUGGAGGAGUUCCCAUCGCUGCGGGUACCGGCUGCCUUCCUGCUCUCCCAGCUCCCUCUUCUGAAACCGCGCUACUACUCCAUCAGCUCCUCCCAGGACCACACACCCACAGAGGUCCACCUCACCGUGGCCGUGGUCACUUACCGCACCCAAGGUGGCCAGGGUCCACUGCACCACGGCGUCUGCAGCACAUGGCUCAGCAGCCUGAUGCCCCAGGACCCAGUGCCCUGCUUUGUGCGAAGUGCCAGCAGUUUCCAGCUGCCCGAGGACCCCUCCCAUCCCUGCAUCCUCAUUGGGCCGGGCACAGGCAUCGCGCCCUUCCGCAGUUUCUGGCAGCAGCGGCUCCAUGACUCUGAGCACAAAGGGCUCCAGAGAGGCCACAUGACCCUCGUGUUUGGGUGCCGCCACCCAGAGGAGGACCACCUGUAUCGGGAGGAGAUGCUGGAGAUGGCCCGGAAGGGGGUGCUGCAUGAGGUGCACACAGCCUAUUCUCGGCUGCCCGGCAAGCCCAAGGUCUAUGUUCAAGACAUUCUGCGGCAGCAGCUGGCUGGCGAGGUCCUCCGCGUGCUGCAUGAGUCCCCGGGCCACCUCUAUGUCUGUGGGGAUGUGCGCAUGGCCCGAGAUGUGGCCCACACCCUGAAGCAGCUGGUGGCCGCCAAGCUGAGCUUGAGUGAAGAGCAGGUUGAGGAUUAUUUCUUCCAGCUCAAGAGCCAGAAGCGCUAUCAUGAAGAUGUCUUUGGUGCUGUGUUUCCCUACGAGGUGAAAAAGGACAGGGCCGAGGGACAGCCCAACACAGGCCUCUGACGGCCACUGGAGCAGUGAAAGCUGCUGGCAUGGAAUUUAAGGACGGAGUCGACUCUCAAGCUGAGGACAAGGUCCUGGGGAGUUGGAAAACAGCCAUCUCUCCAAGCCCUUCUUAGUUCCACCAUCCUUYUACUUGACCUACUACCAAGUAGCAUCCUGGGCUGGUUGGAGCCAGCACUCUCUCUGAGCCCACCCUUCCUUGGGCAAUGGAGUGCGGCGGUGGGGGGGGCCUCGCUGGCCCCUUGGAGGUUCAGUCUGUGAGCCAGGCCUAGCAAGAGGGUGAGGAAAAGGGGAAACCUUAUUCUGGUUGCAGUAUUGUAAGUGGCCACCAGGAGGCGCUAUCACAACACUCUGUAUUUAGCUGCCUUGUGUACAGUUAUUUAUGUCUCCGUAUUUAAAAAAAACAACCCCCAACCCCACUCGAAACAGCCCCUUGGACCUUU